AUGCCAUACACUCUCAAGGGUCGAAAUGUCUUGAUUACCGGUGGAUCCAGAGGUCUUGGUGCUCUGCUUUGCGAGAAAUUUGCCGCCGAGGGAUCUAACAUUGUUGUCAACUACGUGAGCAGCAAAGACAGCGCUGAUCAAGUCGCCGAAAAGUGCAAGGGGCUCGGUGUCAAGGCUGUGGCCGACAUUGGAGUGGUAGAGGAUAGUAUUCGCCUAGUCAAAGAGGCUGUCCAACAACUUGGAGGUCUCGAUAUCAUUUGUUGGUCUACCAAUGUUAUGUCCCAACUGGUAUUGAUGCAAGAGGCUGCUCCCAUCUUCAACGCUAAUUCAGAUGGCGGAGUUUUUCUCAUUUCCUCCUCGGCUGCGGGAAUUAGCUGUGGUGGAAGUAGCAUGGGUUAUUCGGUCACCAAGGCCGCAGGCCUCCAUCUUAUGAAAUGCCUUGCCUCCACGCAAGGCCCGAAGAUCCGGAUCAACGCUGUGCUCCCAGGCCUUCUUUUGACCGAGUGGGGUAUGAAGUACAGUGAAGAACGGAUCAAAAUCAUCAAAAACAUGUCCGCUUUGAAACAAGAGGUCUCGUCUUAA